AGUAUUCCCACAACAAGCACGCCAGCGCAUACCCAUUUUUCGCUCUUCGCAUUCGAUUCCUACCGCUAGCUCAGACGUCAAUAUUUCAAUCCUCGACAUCUUCUUGAACGGCGCAGGGGGCGCGCCAGGCCUACGACUGGCAUGGGCAACGUGGGAAGCCGACCAGACGAUGGCGCUCCCGUCUAUCUCAGGGACCAGACGAGAUUCUCGAUCGCAAACGUAAACAUCACAAACUCGCGCGGCCGUACUCUUGUCUCGCUCAGUCCCAACUCUUUUCCUGCUACGCGCUACCAAGCAAAACGCGAGGCUGGUGACAACACUCCCGUCGACUAUGUUCAGGACCCCGAACCCCCUUCUAUAAUCUCUCCCGCUUUCCUCCUACGCUUAGCCAACGAUGAAGAGCUCACUUUCACCUUUACUUGUGUUGUCCGCCAAUCAAAUUCUGGUCCCACAAACACGAUUGGCGACCACCUCGUCGCUCCUACCGGCAUCCCAUCCUCGGACACAAAUUUGGGCGGCUUGACCUUCGUCUUUGGUUCAAAUCCAAGAGAAAUCGACCAGCUUGUUACACGAGAGUUCCAUGCCGAUCCCAACCUGCACAAGAACCCGAACGUUGAACUCGUGGGCAGUUAUAACACAGGCGGUGUGCCUUUCGUACAAUUCCAAUGGUCAUGGAAGUGGAAGCCUCCAAAGCAAUCUGAAGAUCACGGUGGAGGCUGGCGCAAUACCUGCAGUUUUCUCGAGUACAACUCACGCGCCCAUCGUCUUGAAACGCUAGCCAGCUUCUCUUUCUGGGUCACGAAUACGCAGCGCUGGUUGAAUUCGCCCACCCUCUCCCCUCCUCGUCUUCGGGUACCGUCCGCACAAUCCAUCGAAUCCAGAGUUAGUGCCAUCAGUGAUUCAGAUGGCUACGAUCCCAAAGACUUCCGAGACUUCCGCGAUUUCCGUGAGCCUUCCUCGCCUAUGAUCGAAGCAAUUCCGGAAUGCGGUCUUGGACUCAUCCCUACAAUGACCAACGGAGGAGUCCCCACUACACCAAAGGUCGACAUUAGCUGUGUCGGUCGCCCAGGUGAAGAUGGCAGUACCAGCGAGGACGGCCCCGUUUUCAGAGCAACUAUGCGAGCCUUGGAACAAAAGACCGGUACAAUGAGAUCUCGUAUGAAGAGAGUCUUGCGAGCUGCCGAAGCCGCCCAAGCUGCACAAACUGCAUGCAACGACGCCCACUCUGCUUUCAUGGAUGCCCUUAGGGAGGCUUCGAACUCUAACGCAAAUGCCGUUCGUCCAGCCCUUGAGCAUUAUUUCGACUCAAUCGCUAGAGAGAUUCUGCUUUACGAACGCCAAAACAACGCAAACUUGCAAAAACUCAUCAUUGAACCCAUCAACAAGCUCUACAGUCUCGAUAUCAAGCAAGCCGAGUCCAAGAGGCGCGACUUUGACGAGGAGAGCAAGGACUACUAUGCCUAUGUUAGCAAAUACCUUGGCCAGCGCUCAGAGUCACUGAAGGAAAAGAAGCGCGUUGAGAGCGACGCUAAAUAUCAAGCCAAGAGACGCACCUUCGAGCUCAAGCGGUUCGACUACUCUUCUUUUAUGCACGACUUGAAUGGCGGCAGAAAGGAGCAAGAAGUGCUCUCUCAGCUCACAAAAUACGCAUCUGCACAGGCAAGAGGCUAUCUCACGACAGCAAAGAAGGUUGAAGAAAUGUUGCCACAGCUGGAAGCCUUGACUCGUGAAGUUUCGCAUGCCGACCUGGAGUUCCAAAUGCAACGCACAGAGCGCGAAGAAAAGAGACGAGCGUUGGAGACGAACAACGCAAAAUCGCCUGAACUGGAGCAUCCGCCAUCAGUGUUCAAUGGCUCGAUUACAACUCAAAUUGAUCGCUCGAGCAGCAUCAUCUCAGCGCCUCGCAACUCCAUCAUGUCGACCUCCCCGUCUGCAUCUAAUGGCUUCCCGUCUAGCAUCACUUCUUCGAUUGGCUCGAGCUCUAACGGCCCACUACCGGUGCGGAAUACCAGUAACAAGUUCAAAGGUAUUCGUGACCUUGAAGAAAAGGACCUUUCUGCCGCCACCACUGCAGGCGCCGGCCAAAUCAAGAAAGAAGGUCUCUUAUGGUCUCUGAGUCGACCUGGUAGUCAUGUUGAUCCGAUCAUGAACAAGGCCGGAUGGCACAAAUUCUGGAUUGUGCUUGACCAGGGAAAGCUAUCGGAAUACGCAAACUGGAAAGACAGGCUGGAUCUUCACAUGGACCCAAUUGACUUGCGAGUCGCAUCUGUGAGAGAAGCACGAAAUGCCGACAGACGAUUCUGCUUUGAGGUCAUCACACCGCAAUACACUCGUGUCUACCAAGCCCCUUCAGAAGAAGACAUGAAGGCAUGGAUCGCUUCGAUCAAUAACGCUCUUCAAAGCGCUUUCGAGGCCAGACCGUCAACCAGCGCCCCAAGUGCCGAAAAGAUUGGCUCUACCCGGAACACCAUUGCUGCAGUAUUGACUGGUAAAACCCCGUUCUCGUCCCAAAGAGCAUCGACCAACGCCACCUCAUCAUAUAUCAGUUCGUCGAAUAAGGUUGUUUCGCGCCAUGCGACAACAGGCGAUAAGCCCACCUAUCUGAAGCCUGACAACGAGACACCGUCAGCACUCCUAAAUCAAAUUCGUGAAGCGGAUGCCGGCAACAAGUACUGCGCCGAUUGCAACUCUGACCAGAAGGUCGAAUGGGUGUCCAUCAAUCUCGGCAUCAUAUUGUGUAUUGAGUGUAGUGGCAUCCAUCGAUCGUUGGGAACUCACAUCUCCAAAGUGCGCUCUUUGACUCUCGACACUUCAGCUUUCACACCAGACAUCAUUGAGCUGCUCUUGUUGGUUGGAAACCGUGUUAGCAACAUGGUUUGGGAGGCCAAGCUCGAUGCUUUCCUAAAGCCAGGACCCAAUGUGACCAGGGAGCAACGUUUGCAUUUUAUCACAGGCAAGUACAGUGAUCGAUUGUAUGUACAAGGCUCAACCGAUGCCAUGGCGCAUUUCAAGAGCCCAGACGACACUUUGCUCGUCAGCAUCAAACAAAACAACAUCCAACAAGUGCUGUAUGCUCUGGCACUGCGUGCGAACCCGAAUGCUGCAGACCGCUCUCGCGGCACACACGCUGUAUUCCUUGCCCUCGCAGCCGCAGACCCCGCAUCUCCCUCUAGCUCGUUCGCGCAACAACGCGGUGGCUCGUCGACUCUAUCUUCACCAAGUUUGAGCCCAACAGGGCUGCCAACACGCCCCACAACCCCUACUCCCUCAAGGAAGCCCUUCCCUAUCGCCGAACUUUUGCUUCAAAAUGGAGCCGAGAUCCCAACACAACCCGCACCGAUACCUCUGUCGCGAGCUGCACAACAAUACAUCGAGUUCAAGAUCGACCAGAAGACUGGGCGGCACUUAGGACUAGGUGUUAAGGACUCCGCUGGUGAUGUGUUGUCGGCAUUGCCGAGUGAAAAGCACAGUCCCAACGAUCGCGACAGUCGAUUAGUCAAGAGACAGAGUACGGGAUCUCGGAGUGCGGUGUCGAGUAGAGACGGAAGUCUGGGAAGAAGGUGACCAUGAAAAUAUCUCCUUUGCUCUUUCUUUCCUUCAGUCUCUUCACUUCUUCAUCCGCCCUUUUUCCUUUUCUUUCUGUGUGUUACAUAGGACCACUUUAUGUUUUGAUGAGUAGGAAAAAUCGCUGGCAGGAUUUGGGAUUGUGUUUUGUUUUCUUUUCUAUUUCCUUUCGAAGACCCUCUCUACAAGUGGAGUCUGCUACUUAUCAUCUUCUUCACUAUUAUAAGAGUCGCAAGAGACGCGAAACUUUUGCACUUUCCACCUUCACAAAAUCGAUAUUGCCAAUGGCUUUCUACCCUUUCUUU